UUAGGACAACGUUAACCUCAAGGGUUAUAUAACCUCGUGGAGAAAUAUUUUGAUGUUAACAAGCAUUAUCAUCCGUCAUAGUGGUAUUUCUGUGAAGGAGAUCAACAAAAAUUUUCUUUCAAAACGUCGGAUAUUGUAUUCACUAUUAAUAGACAACGGGAAAUUUGGUGAUAUCUUCUUAGAUUUAUUGAAGUUUUGUUAAGCCAGAUAGUGAUAAGAGAUGUUUAUUGGGUAUAAACAUACAUGUUGAACAGCUUUGUUAAGCCAGAUAGUGAUAAGAGAUGUUUAUUGGGUAUAAACUACAUGUUGAACAACUUCAUCUGAUUUACUGACUAAUUUACUUGUGAAGAAUCCUAGUUACAGUGCUUCUCGUCAAUUGGUCUCAUUCCAAUAGAUGUGAAACUAAUUCCUCGACCAGAAUGGCCAAUAGGCGAACAAAUGGUCAGCCCUGUCCAAAGGGGGCUAUGUGUUCAAAUAACGAGUCCGUGCUCGAGAAAGAGGGAAUGAACAGUUCUUGUGUAAAAACCGAGAUACUCUAUAAAGAAAUUGAUUCCUUGACAAUUUCACAGACCGGAGCAUGUAGUAAUACCGAAACGUCCGAAAUCUUGGUAGAAGCGGACGAAGAAUCAGAUGAGCCAGAUUCCUCUGCUGAACCUAAAGCUAGAAGGAAAUACUGUUUAUUUGAACUAACGACCCUUAAUACAAACAAACACAUCAUAAGUAAGAUAAAGUGUGAAAACUUCAGAAAAUAUUUUAGAAAAGAUGAUGAAGUAAUAUCUGUAAACAGUACAAUCAGCUUCUCACACACUGAACUAGUGAAGCACUUUAACAGAGAGAUUGAAGAUUUUUAUAAAGAAGAAUCAACAUUGGUUAUAGAAGUAAAGAGAGUGGAGAGCGGAAUCACCGAGUUCAUAACUUUCACCAGUCAAGCCACACAGUAUGAAGAAGAUGGCCCAUGUUCAAAAAUACUUAAAAAUUUCAAGUUUUCUAUCACCGAACGUUCAUUUGAAUAUAUUGAAAGAAUACCAGCCAGAAUUAUACGACUUUGUUGCUAUAGUCAUCUAAAGUAUUUGAAAUACGAUGGAAAGGCUAUUAGCAUGGAUGUAAUUGACGGCGAAAAGAACCUUUUUUUCAAGUUCUUAUAUACAGAAUUCCAGGUGGGCCCUGUAGAUGGAAAAUAUGAAUAUAUGGGCUGUAUCCAGGAUGUAUCACAUAAUACCUUUCUAUGCCAAUGUAGGGGUAAUAAAGAUAUUCAAUUUGAAUCGAUGCAGCCAAUUGAGUUUGCAGAAAAAAGAGUCAAAGUUGAUAAACGGUUCUUUUUUCGCACCAAGUCCAAAGAAGCUAAUGAUAUCAACUAUUUCCAGUCAGUAAAGAGUAAAAAUCAUUACCUUGCCUACAAUGCGGUGGAUGGCCUGUACUUGAAGAACUGGACAGCACAAAACAGAUCUGGAGAAUUUGAAUUUAAAUUGUUUUAUAUAGAUUCUUAAUACGUUUAAGUACCGUAUAUAGAACAUUAACUAUACAACUGCAUUUUAAACGAGAUCUGUAAUUUUAUAGAUACAUAAAUGUACAGGUCAUACACAAUUACUGCUGCUACAAAGCAGUAAUAGCCAUGCUUAAUUGAUAGACGAUAAACUCAAUUACAUAAUACAGGUAUGCCAUACCGAACAAAUAUCUAGUAACUUUGACUACAAAGCGUAUAUUGAUUUGUUCAUACGAUAUGUUAUGUGUAUAUAAGACCCUUAAAAUCAGAGAAAAGGUGUGGGAAGCAGACUGGCUGUGAUAUCGACGUGAAGACAUCUACCUAUGAAGUUGGCCUUUUAGCCCAGUCUAGUAGUCUACACCGUACGAGUAUUGUAUGGCUGUGUACCGUAUAAUAAUUUGUAUAUAUGUUCCUGACAACAAACCUAUUAUACUCGAAGUGUAUUAAAUUUAAAUGUGAAUAGAAGUACCAGAUAUAUUAAGAACUUACUAUGUUACACUGCUUUGUACCUGUAGCUUUAACCAAGUAAAAAUGAAAUCCAUUCAACAAGCACCACUGAUAUGCUCCUGUCAAGGAACCUCUUCUAAAAAUAGGCUGUCAUACGUAUUUAUGAUCAUUAUGUGUCCAGAGCCGAUGUAUAAAACAUUCUGUUACUAUAAGAUCAAUAUUGAAUAUAACACACGUGUAGCGGGGGGAGAGGGGGGGGGGGGUAACGUCAACUCGAAACAAACUAGGUCAUUUCGGGACUAACAUAUGGUUUCAUUUUAUUUCAAUAAUUUGCUUUCGCGUAGGGGUCUUUAGCAAUGGGGGGAAACCGGUGGAGCCGGAGAAAACCCACGCGGUUGAACAGGCGACCCUACUCCUUGGCACGUACAACCGGGCAAUCGAAACAACGGCAGUUCACUCAAUGACAGACCUUAUGAUACAGUGUGCUACUGUGCACGUGCUAACCAUUCGGCCAUCCAACCCCCACACGUACCGGAGCUGUUAGUAAUAACUUCAGAUAUAGAAAUGGAAUGAAAUGCGGUUUAACGUUCUACUCUUUUGCACCGACAAGGCUAAUGAAAACGAGCAUACGCCAUACAAUGUACAAUGAAGGAAAUUUUGUGUACCUCGUUUUUUCGUCCCACCAGAACGACUUGACGCUGUCCUUGCAAGGUCCUGAAUAGGGGAGCCGCGCCGGGAAAUCUUCGAAGAACUUUAUUGGCUAACACCUAUUGCGAACCCGAGAACUGCUGGUUAGUAAGCCAACUUCUUAAUCACUGAGUUUAAACAUUCACUAAAGUACGGUCAAGUUUUGUUACCGUACCGUAGUUGUUAGAGAUCAAAUCAGGAUGUUUGGAACUAUUACGAAUUAUUUAUAUUAUCAAUGAAAACAUUAUUGUAUAGAUUGUAGAUAUAUUUAUUAUCAAAACAUGUAUUAAUUACCAUAAAUCAUAGAUGUAUAGUACUGGUUAUCAUACAAUUGGACGGCUAACUGUCAUUUUAGAUGCUUUAGAUAGUUUACAUCUAUCUAGGCCUUUCUUCGGUCUCGUUCUGUUACGUUAAACCGGAAGUGCACUAACAUGGUGUAAUUUAGCUUAUUUUCACCAUAAGUAUAUUGACAGUUAAUUGUAAUGUCUUUUAUGAAUUCCUUGAACUUGAUUACCUUUAACACUCAUAUUAUAGUUCAUUUUAUAUGCAUUUUUAGUAGAUACAGCGCGUCACUCUCCACACAAGUCUCGCAAUCCAGCAUUCUGCAAGGGAAGACAACUCUGUUUGGGAGAUUGACAGUGCGUGGCAUUUCGGGCGUUCCCAUUAGACGAGAAGAAAUCCCAUGCAGAGAUUGGAUAAUCUAGUCACGUGAUACCGAUGCAACGGUAUUUUAUAGGCAACCACGUUCGUUGUUUCUGCGCUCUACGCCCUGGCUCGAUUUCACGUCUGCUAGACAGUGAUCGUCCCAUAUAGAAUAACCUUUUCUUAAAAUAUUUAAUAUAUAUUUAUAAAAACAUUUAUAAUCAAACCAUGGAGGAGAAUCGGUGUUAGUCUGAUUAUAAAGUCAGUUUAUAAAUUAUAUAUUGUUGUUUUAUAAUUAUUCACGGCGUUUCGAGUCUACCGUCAGUAGCGGAUUAUCAGUGAGGCUGAUGAGGCUGCAGCUUCAGGCCCAAAGAUUUUGUAAAAAAAAUUUUUUGUAGACUUGUCUGAUACGAUUAAAAACGCAUAGACAAUGAAUGUUAGGGGGUGGGGUUUAGGCCCAACGGAAAUCAACAUAGGCCCUCACCCGAAAUUAAUUAGGCCAACGCCAUUUUAAAUAGGCCCUAUUGUUUGGAGAUCUGAUCUUAUUUUUUAAACGUAGGCCUACAAUGUACGUUAAAUCCUUGUAAGUUUUCGGUUAUGUCUUGCUUAAUAUAUUGUAUCCACGUGACGUCAUUUAUGGGCAUAUAAAGUUACAUAACCAAUAUCAAACGACUUUGGCUUAAGAAAAAAUAUCUAGCAAAAGAUCUUGCGCUAGUUUCGAUGUAAACACCCCAUCAUGAGGAAAUAUUAUCCUUGAAAAUAGGUGUAUGUACAGUUGGUUUCCGGUGACGUUUCUGCUGUCAAAGCAUUUUGUACGACAAAUUUCAAUAGUUAUAACUAAUAUUUUAAUAAUAUUAUAACCUCAGUAACGAAUCCCAUUUUUAAUGUUAGCAACUACCUUGGCUCUAACUUUAUUUAAAAACUAAAUAGGCCCUCCAGCAACUGCCGCCUCAGGCCUUGGUGGAGCUUACUCCGCCACUGUCUACCGUUAGCCUAUAGUUAUAGGCUAUAGGCCUAGUCUUAUUUGGACUAUUUAACCACAUAUCCGCGGCAUCCUUGACAUAUAAUUCUAUGAAACCUAUUUUAGCCUUAUAAGCCUUAUUGGCCAGUUAGUGGUAAUAAAACUUGUUGAUUCUUUA